AUGCCACUUACACCUAAUUUAAUUCCAGGUUUUAUAGGAAAAGUUCUAUUAGAGAAGAUUUUAAGGAGUUGUCCCGACUUCAAAGUCAUCUAUUUGCUUCUGAGAGAGAAAAAGGGCAAACCGAUUGUGGAGCGACUCGAGGACAGAACCCGUGAAAUUAUGGAUCUAAUGUUGCAAAUGCCAAAUUUGGUGGUUGGUGUCCACGUCUCGACUACUUAUUGCAACACUGAUAAAGACACCAUAGAGGAAAAAGUGUAGAGCCACGGAGAUUGGAGGGAAGCCAUCAGACUGGCUGAAAACUAUAAUGAUGACUAUAAAUUUGCAAGCCUCACCGAAAAAUGUCUAGGUGGAUUAAAGAAUACAUAUCUGUACACCAAACAUCUAGCUGAAAAUAUUGUAGAAGACUACAGCGACAGACUGCCCUUGGUUUUAUACAGACCAGGCAUUGUCGUGUCUGCGUGGAAGGAACCAAUACCAGGAUGGGUUGACAAUUUGAAUGGGCCUAUAGGUUUAAAUGUAGCCGUUGGAAAAGGUCUUUUAAGGGUGAUGGCAUACUGA